CCCGCUUCCGGCGUGGUGUCAUGGCGGGCCCCGGGCGCUGAGGGCCGCGGGCAGCCGAGGGGCCCCCGGAGCAGCGCGCCAGGGAUCCGCAGCCGCCGCCCUCGCCCCUCGCCCCGCGCCGCCGCCGCCGCCGCCCCCCGCGGGGAUCCGCCCCCUGCCUGGCCGGCCGGGCGGGGGGGGCCAUGGCGGCGCACAAGCCGGUGGAGUGGGUGCAGGCCGUGGUGAACCGCUUCGACGAGCAGCUUCCAAUAAAAGCUGGUCAGCAGAAUACCCACACCAAAGUCAGCACGGAGCACAACAAGGAGUGUCUCAUAAACAUUUCCAAGUACAAGUUCUCCCUGGUCAUCAGUGGUCUCACUAAUAUCUUAAAAAAUGUUAAUAACAUGAGAAUAUUUGGAGAAACUGCUGAAAAGAAUUUAUAUCUAUCUCAGCUGAUUAUCUUGGAUACACUGGAAAAAUGUCUGGCAGGGCAACCGAAGGAUACCAUGCGGCUAGACGAGACUAUGCUGGUAAAACAGUUGCUGCCAGAAAUCUGCCACUUCAUCCACACUUACCGUGAAGGCAACCAGCAUGCAGCCGAACUGCGCAAUUCUGCCUCGGGGGUUCUUUUUUCUCUUAGCUGCAAUAACUUUAACGCUGUGUUCAGCCGCAUUUCCACCAGAUUGCAGGAACUGACUGUUUGUUCAGAAGAUAAUGCUGAUGUUCAUGAUAUUGAACUUCUACAGUACAUCAGUGUGGAUUGUUCAAAACUAAAACGACUUUUGCAAGAGACUGUAUUCAAGUUUAAAGCCCUUAAGAAAGUAGCACAGUUAGCUGUUAUCAACAGUCUUGAAAAGGCCUUUUGGAACUGGGUGGAAAACUAUCCUGAUGAAUUCACAAAGCUGUAUCAAACACCACAGACUGAUAUGGCUGAUUGUGCAGAGAAGUUGUUUGACUUAGUGGAUGGCUUUGCAGAAAGCACAAAACGUAAAGCAGCAGUUUGGCCACUGCAAAUCAUACUCCUGGUCCUGUGCCCAGAGAUAAUCCAAGAUAUAGCAAAGGAUGUGGUAGAGGAAACUAAAAUGAACAAGAAACUCUUCCUGGACAAUCUCAGGAAAGCACUUGCAGGCCACAGUGGGAGCAGACAGCUGACUGAAAGUGCUGCUAUUGCUUGUGUUAAACUUUGCAAAGCAUCUACCUACAUCAACUGGGAAGAUAAUUCUGUCAUUUUUCUAUUAGUGCAGUCCAUGGUUGUAGAUCUUAAGAAUUUGCUGUUUAAUCCAAGUAAACCUUUUUCAAGAGGCAAUCAGAACGCAGACAUAGACCUUAUGAUUGACUGCUUAGUCUCAUGCUUCCGCAUAAACCCUCAUAAUAACCAACACUUUAAGAUCUGCUUGGCACAGAAUUCCCCAUCAACAUUUCAUUAUGUACUGGUAAAUUCACUCCACCGAAUAAUCACAAAUUCUGCAUUGGACUGGUGGCCCAAGAUCGAUGCCGUGUACUGCCAUUCCAUGGAGCUUCGCAGCAUGUUCAGUGAGACUCUUCAUAAAGCUAUCCAGGGCUGCGGGGCACAUCCAGCAAUUCGCAUGACUCCGAGUCUUACAUUUAAAGAGAAGAUGACAAGCCUUAAAUUUAAAGAAAAACCUACUGACUUGGAAACCAGAAGCUACAAGUUCUUGCUGUUAUCCUUGGUAAAACUAAUCCAUGCUGAUCCAAAGCUUUUGCUGUGUAAUCCAAGGAAGCAAGGGCCUGAGACACAAGGUAGUACUGCUGAAUUAAUUACAGGCCUUGUACAACUUGUUCCGCAGUCCAGCAUGCCAGAUAUAGCACAAGAAGCCAUGGAGGCCUUGCUAGUUCUUCACCAGUUAGACAGCAUUGAUUUGUGGAAUCCUGAUGCGCCUAUAGAAACAUUCUGGGAAAUUAGUUCACAAAUGCUUUUUUAUAUCUGCAAGAAACUAACCAGUCAUCAGAUGCUCAGCAGUACAGAAAUCCUCAAGUGGCUGCGAGAGAUUCUCAUCUGUAGGAAUAAAUUUCUUCUAAAAAAUAAACAGUCGGAUAGGAGUUCCUGUCACUUUCUCUUUCUUUAUGAUGUCUCUGGAGGUGGAACUAGUCAAAUGUCUCUUGACCAUGAGGAGAUGAAAAGCUGUACUCCGGGAGCCACCCUCAGGAGAGGGAAAGGGAAUUCUUCCAUGGAAAGUACAGCAGGAUGCAGUGGAACACCUAUUUGUCGCAAAGCCCAAACAAAAUUGGAAGUCGCUUUAUACAUGUUUUUGUGGAGCCCAGAUAUUGAGGCAGUCCUUGUUGCAAUGUCCUGUUUCCGUCACCUGUGUGAAGAAGCAGAUAUCAGAUGUGGAGUAGAUGAAGUUUCAGUUCAUAAUUUUUUGCCAAACUACAACACUUUCAUGGAGUUUGCAUCUGUUAGCAAUAUGAUGUCAACAGGGAGAGCAGCUCUUCAGAAAAGAGUGAUGGCAUUAUUAAGACGCAUUGAACAUCCAACUGCAGGCAACACAGAGGCCUGGGAGGAUACACAUGCAAAAUGGGAACAAGCUACAAAACUAAUCCUUAACUAUCCAAAGACCAAAAUGGAAGAUGGGCAGGUUACGGAAAGUCUUCAUAAGACGAUUGUUAAGAGACGAAUGUCGCAUGUUAGUGGGGGAGGCUCCAUAGACUUGUCAGACACAGAUUCUCUUCAGGAAUGGAUCAACAUGACGGGGUUCCUAUGUGCCCUUGGAGGAGUGUGCCUACAGCAUCGUAGCAAUGCAGGACUAGCAACCUACAGUCCACCUAUGGGCCCAGUCAAUGAGCGUAAGGGCUCCAUGAUAUCUAUGGUAUCCACUGAGGGAAAUGCAGAGACUCCUGUUAGCAAAUUCAUAGAUCGAUUAUUGACUCUGAUGGUCUGUAACCACGAGAAAGUGGGACUUCAAAUACGGACUAAUAUUAAAGAUCUGGUGGGUUUGGAGUUGAGUCCAGCACUUUAUCCAAUGCUGUUUAACAAACUGAAGAAUACCAUCAGCAAGUUUUUUGAUUCUCAAGGACAGGUUUUGUUAACUGAGACCAACACACAAUUUGUAGAACAAACCAUUGCUAUAAUGAAGAAUUUGCUUGACAAUCAUACAGAAGGGAGCUCAGAACAUCUUGGACAAGCUAGUAUUGAGACAAUGAUGCUAAAUCUGGUUAGAUAUGUGCGUGUGCUUGGAAAUUUGGUACAUGCAAUUCAAAUAAAAACUAAGCUCUGUCAGUUAGUAGAAGUAAUGAUGGAGAGAAGAGAUGACCUUUCAUUUUGCCAAGAAAUGAAAUUCAGAAACAAGAUGGUAGAAUAUUUGACAGACUGGGUUAUGGGAACAUCUAAUCAAGCAACAGAUGAGGAUGUAAAAUGCUUGACAAGAGAUCUGGACCAAGCGAGUAUGGAAGCAGUGGUCUCUCUUCUUGCUGGGCUUCCAUUACAGCCUGAAGAAGGAGAUGGUGUUGAGUUGAUGGAAGCCAAAUCUCAGUUAUUUCUUAAAUAUUUCACACUGUUUAUGAACCUUCUAAAUGACUGUAGUGAAGUUGAAGAUGACAGUGCACAAACUGGUGGCAGGAAACGUGGAAUGUCUCGAAGACUAGCUUCGCUACGACACUGCACUGUUCUUGCUAUGUCAAAUUUACUCAAUGCAAACGUUGACAGUGGUCUUAUGCACUCCAUAGGCUUGGGCUAUCAUAAAGACCUCCAAACAAGAGCUACCUUUAUGGAAGUCCUCACCAAAAUUCUGCAGCAGGGAACAGAAUUUGAUACGUUAGCAGAAACAGUGCUAGCAGAUCGGUUUGAGAGAUUGGUGGAGUUGGUUACAAUGAUGGGUGAUCAGGGGGAGCUCCCUAUUGCUAUGGCUUUAGCCAAUGUGGUGCCUUGUUCUCAGUGGGAUGAGCUGGCUCGUGUCCUGGUCACACUCUUUGAUUCCCGGCACUUGCUCUACCAGCUGCUUUGGAAUAUGUUUUCAAAGGAAGUUGAACUAGCAGAUUCCAUGCAGACACUCUUCCGAGGAAACAGCUUAGCUAGUAAAAUAAUGACUUUCUGUUUUAAGGUGUAUGGUGCUACGUAUUUGCAGAAACUUCUGGAACCUUUAUUAAGGACUGUGAUCACGUCCUCUGAAUGGCAGCAUGUUAGCUUUGAGGUGGAUCCUACAAGAUUGGAGCCUACAGAAAGCCUUGAAGAGAACCAACGGAGUCUCUUACAAAUGACAGAAAAAUUUUUUCAUGCAAUCAUUAAUUCUUCUUCAGAGUUCCCACCACAACUUCGCAGUGUGUGCCAUUGUUUGUACCAGGCAACUUGCCACUCUCUACUGAAUAAAGCUACCGUAAAAGAAAAAAAGGAAAACAAAAAAUCAGUUGUUAGUCAGCGAUUUCCUCAGAACAGCAUUGGAGCAGUUGGAAGUGCUAUGUUCCUCCGGUUCAUCAAUCCUGCGAUUGUCUCCCCUUACGAGGCAGGGAUUUUAGAUAAAAAGCCUCCACCAAGAAUUGAAAGGGGAUUGAAACUGAUGUCAAAGAUACUUCAGAGUAUUGCCAACCAUGUCCUGUUUACAAAAGAAGAACAUAUGCGGCCUUUUAAUGAUUUUGUAAAAAGCAAUUUUGACGCAGCACGAAGGUUUUUCCUUGAUAUUGCAUCUGAUUGCCCAGCUAGCGACACUGUCAAUCACAGCCUGUCUUUCAUCAGUGAUGGCAACGUACUUGCUUUGCACCGGUUGCUGUGGAACAAUCAGGAGAAAAUUGGCCAGUACCUUUCCAGUAACAGGGACCACAAGGCUGUUGGAAGACGACCUUUUGACAAAAUGGCUACUCUUCUUGCCUAUCUGGGUCCACCUGAGCACAAACCUGUGGCAGAUACACAUUGGUCCAGUUUAAAUCUCACUAGUUCCAAGUUUGAAGAAUUUAUGACAAGGCAUCAGGUACAUGAAAAAGAAGAGUUCAAAGCACUGAAAACGUUAAAUAUUUUCUACCAAGCUGGGACAUCAAAAGCUGGCAAUCCUGUUUUCUACUACAUUGCUCGGCGAUUCAAGACCGGUCAGAUCAAUGGAGAUUUACUGAUAUACCACGUCCUGCUAACUCUGAAGCCAUACUAUGCAAAGCCAUAUGAAAUUGUAGUGGACCUCACACAUGCUGGCCCCAGUAAUCGCUUUAAAACAGACUUUCUUUCUAAAUGGUUUGUAGUUUUUCCAGGCUUUGCUUACGAAAAUGUCUCAGCAGUUUUUAUUUAUAACUGUAAUUCUUGGGUCAGAGAAUACACCAAAUACCAUGAAAGACUCUUGACAGGUUUGAAAGGAAGCAAAAGGCUUAUUUUCAUAGACUCUCCGGGGAAGCUGGCAGAGCACAUUGAACAUGACCAGCAGAAACUCCCAGCAGCUACCUUGGCUUUGGAAGAGGACUUGAAAGUAUUUCACAAUGCUCUCAAACUGGCUCAUAAAGACACCAAAGUUUCUAUUAAAGUUGGAUCAACAGCUGUGCAGGUGACAUCAGCAGAGCGUACAAGAGUACUGGGACAGACGGUGUUUUUAAAUGAUAUAUACUACGCAUCUGAAAUUGAGGAAAUCUGUCUUGUUGAUGAGAAUCAAUUUACCUUAACGAUUGCCAACCAGGGCACACCACUCACCUUCAUGCAUCAAGAGUGUGAAGCCAUUGUGAGGUCCAUUAUUCAUAUACGGACAAGGUGGGAGCUGUCGCAACCAGACUCCAUCCCACAGCACACUAAAAUUCGCCCUAAGGAUGUCCCUGGAACACUACUGAACAUAGCACUGCUCAACUUGGGAAGCUCAGACCCCAGUUUGCGGUCUGCUGCCUAUAAUCUUCUAUGUGCCUUAACCUGUACCUUUAAUUUAAAGAUUGAGGGCCAGUUACUGGAAACUUCAGGUCUGUGUAUUCCUGCCAACAACACACUCUUUAUUGUGUCUAUUAGUAAGACCCUUGCAGCUAAUGAACCACACCUUACCUUAGAAUUCUUGGAAGAGUGUAUUUCUGGAUUUAGCAAAUCUAGUAUUGAACUGAAACAUCUUUGUCUGGAGUAUAUGACUCCCUGGCUGUCCAAUCUGGUCCGAUUCUGUAAACACAAUGAUGAUGCUAAGCGUCAGCGAGUCACUGCUAUUCUUGAUAAGCUAAUAACGAUGACAAUAAAUGAAAAACAGAUGUAUCCUUCCAUUCAGGCUAAGAUAUGGGGAAGUCUUGGACAGAUAACAGACCUCCUUGAUGUAGUUCUGGACAGUUUCAUCAAGACUAGUGCCACAGGGGGCUUAGGAUCCAUAAAAGCUGAGGUUAUGGCAGACACAGCAGUAGCGCUUGCUUCUGGAAAUGUAAAGUUGGUUUCAAGCAAAGUGAUUGGAAGAAUGUGUAAAAUAAUCGACAAGACUUGUCUGUCCCCAACUCCUACAUUGGAGCAGCACCUGAUGUGGGAUGAUAUUGCUAUUCUAGCACGUUACAUGCUGAUGCUCUCCUUUAACAAUUCUCUGGAUGUUGCAGCCCAUCUCCCCUACCUCUUUCAUGUAGUUACUUUAUUGGUGGCCACUGGUCCCCUUUCUCUCAGAGCUUCUACGCAUGGUCUUGUCAUCAACAUCAUUCAUUCUCUGUGCACUUGUUCACAGCUUCACUUUAGCGAGGAGACCAAGCAAGUUUUAAGGCUGAGCUUGACUGAGUUUUCUCUGCCCAAGUUUUAUUUACUGUUUGGAAUCAGCAAAGUGAAAUCAGCUGCAGUGAUAGCUUUCCGCUCCAGCUAUCGAGACAGGUCGUUUUCACCUGGUUCCUAUGAGAGGGAGACUUUUGCACUGACUUCUUUGGAAACAGUUACUGAAGCUUUGUUGGAGAUCAUGGAGGCUUGUAUGAGAGAUAUUCCAACGUGCAAGUGGCUGGACCAGUGGACUGAACUAGCUCAAAAGUUUGCAUUCCAAUAUAAUCCAUCCUUGCAGCCAAGAGCACUUGUUGUCUUUGGCUGUAUAAGUAAGCGUGUCUCUCAUGGACAAAUAAAACAAAUAAUCCGAAUUCUUAGCAAGGGACUUGAGAGCUGUUUGAAAGGGCCUGAUAAUUACAAUAGCCAAGUUCUAAUAGAAGCUACCGUAAUAGCACUCACCAAGCUGCAGCCUCUUCUUAAUAAGGACUCCCCUAUGCACAAGGCCCUCUUCUGGGUAGCUAUGGCAGUACUGCAGCUAGAUGAAGUCAACUUGUACUCAGCAGGUACAGCACUACUUGAACAGAAUCUGCAUACCUUGGAUAGCCUUCGAGUGUUCAAUGAUAAGAGCCCAGAAGAGGUGUUUAUGGAGAUCAGGAGACCACUUGAAUGGCACUGCAAGCAGAUGGAUCAUUUUGUAGGGCUAAAUUUCAACUCCAACUUCAACUUCGCACUAGUGGGACACCUCCUGAAAGGGUACAGGCAUCCUUCUCCUACCACUGUAGCAAGAACAGUGAGGAUUUUACAUACACUACUAGCUCUGGUUAAUAAACAUAGGAAUUGUGACAAGUUUGAGGUGAACACCCAGAGCGUGGCUUACCUAGCAGCUUUGCUCACAGUGUCUGAGGAAGUUCGAAGUCGCUGCAGCCUAAAACAUAGGAAGUCUCUCUUGUUGACAGAUGUUUCAAUGGAAAAUGUUCCUAUGGAUACAUAUCCCAUACAUCACAGUGACACUAGCUAUAGGACACUAAAGGAAAAUCAACCAUGGUCAUCACCAAAGGGGUCAGACAGACAUCUGGCUGCCAGUUACCCGACAGUGGGACAGAUAAGUCCUCGAACACGAAAAUCCAUGAGUUUGGAUAUGGGGCAGCCUUCACAAGCAAACACUAAAAAGCUUCUAGGUACAAGGAAAAGUUUUGACCAUUUGAUAUCGGACACAAAGGCUCCUAAAAGGCAAGACAUGGAAUCUGGAAUCACAACGCCUCCCAAAAUGAGGAGAGUAGCCGAAAAUGAUUAUGAAAUGGAGACCCAGAGAAUAUCACCACAGCAACACCCACAUCUUCGAAAAGUUUCUGUUUCUGAGUCAAACGUCCUCCUAGAUGAAGAAGUUCUGACUGACCCAAAAAUUCAAGCACUGCUGCUUACAGUUCUUGCAACGUUAGUGAAGUACACUACUGACGAGUUUGACCAGCGGAUUCUGUACGAGUAUUUAGCAGAAGCCAGUGUUGUCUUCCCAAAGGUCUUUCCUGUUGUGCAUAAUUUAUUGGAUUCCAAGAUCAAUACCCUUUUGUCACUGUGCCAGGAUCCAAAUUUGUUGAAUCCAAUUCAUGGGAUUGUUCAGAGUGUUGUCUACCAUGAAGAGUCUCCACCCCAAUACCAAACUUCUUAUCUACAAAGUUUUGGAUUUAAUGGGUUAUGGAGGUUUGCUGGCCCAUUUUCUAAGCAAACACAAAUCCCAGACUAUGCUGAACUCAUAGUGAAGUUUCUUGAUGCCUUGAUUGACACGUAUUUGCCUGGAAUUGAUGAGGAAACCAGUGAAGAAUCUCUCCUGACACCCACAUCUCCAUAUCCUCCUGCAGUGCAGAGCCAGCUUAGCAUUACUGCUAACCUUAACCUUUCCAAUUCUAUGACCUCGCUCGCAACUUCCCAGCACUCCCCAGCUUCUCUGCCUUGCUCUAAAUCUGCAGUUUUCAUGCAGCUUCCUCAUCAAGGGAUCGACAAGGAGAACGUGGAGCUCUCGCCCACCGCCGGCCACGCCAACAGCGGGAGGAUGCGCCACGGCUCCGCCAGCCAGGUGCAAAAGCAGCGAAGUGCUGGCAGCUUGAAACGUCACAGCAUUAAAAAGAUUGUGUGAAAUUUGGGUUUGGUUUUUUUUGAAACUGACUGACGUACGUGGGCCUCUUGCAAAGGGCCCCCCACCAGUUGUGAUGCUGCACUUAAUUUUUAAAGUUCCCAUCCUGUCAGCCAUGUUGCCAGAUGAUCAACUCCUGAAACAUUGCCUGAAUUUUAAUGCCUUUUUCUUUUCUUCUGUUUUUGAUUUAAGCCAGUGUUUCAGAACCGCUUAUAGAUCCUGACGGACUUUGUAGCCGAAGAAAGCGUGGAGUUCUUUAACACUGCAGUACAGUAUCUUGUCCAAAUAUGAAAGCCAUUUUCCAUAGACGGUUCUACCUUGCUUCUGUGAUAUGCCUUGUUUGUUUCUUCUCUGAAGGAAAGUGUUAAUACUUAAUCCUGUUUGCACACUUGUCAAGGUAGUGGCUUUAUGAGCCGGGGAAGUUACUAUAAUUCUGGUUUUAAUUCAAACCUGUAGGAUUUUUAGCUGUGGACUUUUUUUUACCAUGCUUAAAAGAAACUUACGAUAGCCGCAGUACAAUGAGCUUAACCAGAAGUGGUUGAUUAGAUUAAAUUUCUAGUAAUUAGCAAUAAAUUUAAAGAGGACAAGGAGGCCGCAUGAGUCUCUUCAUUCCCCAGACCAUAGCUUCACACACUUGGACUGUAUAUGGACCAGACUGGACAAACUGGCUUUUUUCCAAAGCAAUUUUUUUUAAUUUUUUUUUGCUGUACUUUAACUGCACUAAAGAAAGUUGGAUAGUGGAAAGAAAAUCAUCACAAACUGACUAUUAUGGUGUCAUUGUAGCAAUGUUGAAAACGUAUUGCUUCUUUCUUCCAUUUAGCCUAUACUUUAGUUUUGCCCUUCCCACCAAUAUGCACCUUCAAGAAAUUCCUGGCAGAAAAACCAUUGGGGUAUGGAGGGGAAAAAUUUAUGAAUUAACUUCCAGCUCUGGGAGGUUUUUUGGCAAAGCUGCUUUUGCGCUGCCCAAGCAGUGACAUAAAAACAGUAAUGUUUGCUUAAGGUACAUGAACUUAAAAAAUAACUGACACUUUGUCAAAUCCAGGUUACGUUUGAAUGUUUGCAGUGCAAUUUCUGGUAUCAGUACAGACGUUUGCAGUCAAACCUGUCUUGCAGAACUUUCAAGGGGGUUCAGUUUGCAAGGGUUCGUACUUGGGGGUUAUACAAAACUGAAAUUGCUAUCACUGUGAAAGCCACAGUAUCACUUGUCAGCCACAGUAGUGUAUUAGCAAUGGAUGACUGUGAUAAUAUGCUGCUAUGCUGAGUGACAUGUAAAGAUGUGGCACUGGGUGCUACAGAUGCUACCUGCACGGACUGAAAACGUGCAGAGUGUUGGAUCUCAGCGGUGAACAGAAAUUCUGACAAAAAGGCCUGUCAUCCAGGUGCUCAUCUUAGGGCUAAGUAUAUCUACUGCUAACAACAGCUAUACUUCCUAGUUUGAGAUCCCUGUUGUAUGUUAGAAAUUAACAAUUUAUAAGUGGCUUUAAAGGAGAAAAAAAUAUCCACUAUAUAAUAAAAAGGAAAUCCUCUAGUGUAAUUUUAUUAGUGGCUUUCAGUAAAUCAAACUCCACAGCUAAAUUGUUAGAGAAUGGUACAAUUAAGUGUUCAGAUUUUAUUGAUAUAGCACGUAAUUCACAUGUAUCCACACAGUAACAAUGUAACAUUUAUGUAAAUAAAAAUGCCUUUAUUGUAUUGAUUCAUAAAAUAACAACUUAAUUUUUUUUUAAUUCGUUUACAGUCCUGGAAGAACUAUGAACACAAACUUAAUAUGCAAAUAGUUUGCCAAAACAAGAGGAAAAAGUAGAAUUAGCGAUCUUGAAAUAGAUACAUUGGAAAAUAUUAAGACUUGUGCAAUUAACCAAAUCUUUUCUUCUCGAUUGUGUAGAAGCUGCAGUAGAAACAUGAUUACUGAACUGAUACAGAUCUAUGAAAGGGAUUAUGAGGCUAGAAGUGAAUUUAGGAAUAGAGCAGUGACUCGUGCCAUGUUUUUAAGCUGCUAUGCAUUUGUAAUUUGGGGAGUCACUGAUUUAAAAACCUUUCUCAUCUCAUACAUCAAAUUGCUAAUAGCUGCCUUUGGUGUCACUGUCAGUUUGCUCUUGGUUAUACUGAACCAAGCUAAUUCCAGCCCUUUCCAUUUUAAUGAAGACAAUGAAUUGUUGAAGCCUGAAGACUUGUUCUUGCCAUAGGUUGGAAGAAAAAAGAAUAUCUUGUAAUUUGCUGGUAGGAAAAGGUAAUUUUCAGUUUUCUCCUAUGAGCGAAUUUUCUUUAAAAAGAAGUAAUUCCAGAUGAACUACCAAAUCAGUUUUGUUAGGACUGAGUGCAUUGCAACUCUUCCAGUAUUUUGCAUUGCUUAUAUAAAAAAGGUGUCAUUAAAAUAGAAUUAAGCAGUCUUAGAAAUACAAGUAAUGCAAAAUCAAAAUGGACAAUUAUUAAAAUCACCUUUUGUGUGAGAACUAGAACUAGAAGCUCUCAGUCCUGGCUGAAAAAAAAAUAUAUAUAUAUAAAAAAAAUAUAAAGCAAGUCAAUACAAUUUAAUUUGUUCUAUAUCCUGGAAGGUAGGGGAGUCAUUUAAUUUUUUCACUGCAUAGUUCAGUGAGAGGACCUGAACUUUUUAGAGCAGGGGUGUCAAACGUGUUAGGUAAAGAGAGGUGACUUUUGGUGUAAUUAUAGUCAUGGAAUCAUAGAGUGGUUUGGGUUGGAAGGGACCUUUAAAGCACAUCCAGUUCCAACCCCCUGCCAUGGGCAGGGGCACCUCCCACUAAAUCAGGUUGCUCAAAGCCCUGUCCUGCCUGCCCUUGAGCACUUCCAGAGCUGGGCCAUUCACAGCUUCUCUGGGCAACCUGUUCAGUGCCUCACCACCCUCACAGUGAAGAAUUUCUUCCUUAUAUCUAAUCUAAAUCUCCCCUUAGUUUAAAUAACUAUUCCCUCAUGUCCUACCACUACACUCCCUGACAAAGAGUUCCUCCCCAGUUUUCCUGUGGGCCCCCUUUAAGUACUGGAAGGCUGUUGUAAGGUCUCCCCACAGCCUUCUCCAGGCUGAACACCCCCAGCUCUCUCAGCCUGUCUUCAUAGGAGAGAGAUGCUCCAACCCUCUGAUCAUCUUCCUGUCCCUCGUUUGGACUUGCUCCGAGAGGUCCAUGUCUGUCUUAAUUUGGGGGCUGCAGAGCUGAACGCAGCGAUGGCCACUCUAGGUGGCCACAGUCUAGGGCCAAGAUUUAAUUCAGGGCCGUGUGUGCCCAGAUACACAGCAAAGUAAUCUCCCAGUGCCAGUAUUCAGGAAGUUCGCGCUUAGAUCAAGGGGGAAAACAUGGCCUUUCUUUAAUAAUUAAACUUUUGUUAGUAACUGGUUGUUCAGUGCCUUAUCAUUCAUCACUUAGAAAGCCUGCUCCCUGUAGUAGCCCUUGCUGUUACCUUGCCUGUUUGGUUUCUUUUUCACAGCCUUCUUUAUUUGUUCCCUUUUCCUGUUCUGAAUGUUCCGCACCUUGCUCUGCUUCCUUCCCUGAGCACCACUCUCCAUUGCCAGUCCAGCCCGCUUCAGUUCGCUCCCCAUCCUGUCACUCCAUUGACCUUAGUGAUCAGCAGUUGGUUGCUGCUGCUGAUGCUUCAGGCUUGAAACCUGAUCUAAGAAGUGGGAGACUGAGCUCAGACCUUCCAGUCACUGCUUCAGGCAGCCUGCAGACUACAGGGCACUCACCACUGCACGGGUUACCUUAGUCACGGUUUGAAGAUUACCUCUGCAGCCAUGGGGUCUGUGUACUUUAAAAUGAAAACUUAAUUUCAGAAAAAUCUGAUUUUAACACGUGGACCAUAUAACUACAUAAUGGGGACUGUAUGUUUGACACCCCUGUUUUAGAACAUGCUAUCCAUUACGCACUAACUACAGUACAGUACUGUAAAGAUGAUUAACAUUUUGUGUUUGUAUUUUCCCUGACUUAAAAAUAAUUCAGUAGUAUUUGAAUAGUGCAUAACCUACCUGUUAAUUAUGCCGAUGUUUCUGCUUUAAUGUGCAUGAGGUUUCCAAGAACAGGAAACAUUUCAAAUAAGUAUUUUGGACUGAGCACCUGGGAGCAUUCCAGUGCUCUAUUCCUAACUGGGUUGUAGGUUUUAGGGCUUUUUGUUUUGUUCUAAGGUUAAUUUUUCCAAAUGUAAUGAAGCACGUCUUACUGUUAUGCAACAAACUUACCACAAAAAGUCACUUUUAGUGUUGGUCCCACAAUUUUUUUUAAUGCAGUAUAUUCACCUGUAAAUAGUUUUUUUGUGUAAAAUUUGACAGAAAAGUAUAUUUACUACACUGUAAAUACAUGUGACAAUAUAUUGUAUUAUUUUGCUUUUUUUGUAAAGCAGUUAGUUGCUGUAUAUGUAUAACAUACAAAUUUGAUUAUUCUAGUGUUAGUAACUGUUAACUACUACUUCUCCUUCCUGCUGUUGCGUUACAUCAUUUAAAAAAAAA